AAAUACGUGCGACUUGUUUGCACAUCAAAAAUUCAACUUAAAGUUUAUGGCCCUUGAACUUAAAGAUGAUCACGAAGUUGAGGCAGAAUGGAGACCCUGGAUAAAGGAUUUAAUAGCUGAAAAUAUCUUUCAGAGAGAAAGUACGCUAUUUUAUCACCAUAACCAGUUUGAACAUGUGAAAGCUAUUGAAAAUAAAAAUGCCUAUAUCGCCACUUUAAAGGGUCUCAAAAAAACCGUGUUCCUCAAACCCAUCUACAUGACCAGCGAUUUUACCAUACGGGACAUGAUUAAUAAUAUUAAGAAACACAAAAAAUUGGAAAUUCAUGAUGGCAUCCUGGAAUUUUAUGGUAUUACUAUGCAAGAAAAUACCAAAAUACCUCUGCAAGUCUUUGAAUAUGCCAAUGGUGGAACACUUUGCGAAUAUUUAACUAUGAAAUCAAAAAAAUUGAGCUGGAACAUUAAACUGUAUCUUGCGAAACAGAUCGCGGGAGUGCUAAUGUGUUUGCAUUUGAAUGGAAUUGCGCAUGGAAGAUUGAGCGCAAAAAGCAUUCUUGUUCACAAUGGAAUCAUUAAACUGAGUGAUUUUGAAAGGAGCGCUCAAAUCUGUGAACCAUUCAACAUAUUACCAAAAACAUUUGAUUCAAACAGAAAUAUGGAACCUCACUUUUCGGAAAUUCUUAAGAUCAUCGGUUGCAAGAGAAGUUCGGACAUUUACAAUCUAGGAAUUGUUUUUUUAGAGAUUUCGAUUUCUCCUUUGGGGAUUGAAAAGUUGAUGGAAUGUAGUUUUUCAGAUCUGAAUGGGAAAGAAAUAAAGAAACGUUUUACAUCCAUGAUACCCCGCAAAUAUGCAAAGAUUUGUGCAGAUUGCUGGAAUCACGAUGAAAAUCGACGACCCAAUAUCGUUCAAAUUUUUAAUGAACUUGAUGGGGUAGAUUUUUCUGACAUGUUAAAUGAAUUAGAAAUUCCAAUUUUGCGUUACAACAUUGAGGAUAUAGAGUACAACGAAAUAAUCAAAAUCAACACAACUCGCAUUGACCCUCCAACGGAAAAAGAUAAGUUAAUAAUGGAUUUAUUUCAUUUUUUUUCAGAUACGUACGAAAAGCAGCACAAAUAUAUCUCCCCGAUAUUGGUCCGAAAGUAUGUCAGCGAUCUUCCGCAAAAUCCUACCAAAAUGUUGUAUCUUUUAAUCAGUCACCGGCAUCGAACACAUUUCACAAGCAUGAUCGGAUUUUUUCAUGAACAUGGGAUCGGCACGAUUGUGGACUAUCAGAUAGCAUUUGAAUAUUAUUCCAAGGCCGCCAAUGUAAUAACUGAUGGAAAGGAGCGAGCAGUUGGUGCACGAUACUUACGAGGAAAUGGCAUCGAAAAAGAUGUUGUCGAAGGCAUUC